AUGCAAUAUUUCUUGGGGCAAGAUGCAAACCUUUCCUCAUCGAUAUCGAAAAGAGAGAUGAUACCACAGCUAUGUCAAACCCCAUAUCCCAGGCUGGAAGCAGAAGACAGCGGCUUAAUUUUGGUUCACAUAUGCAAAAUAAGCGUUGGAAAUGCAUAUGACACCGAUUCCCUGAAAUCAAUGCGGCGUACUGAGCUACCCAACGAGCAAAUGGUUGAUUGUUCGUAA